UACAACAACACAGGAGAUGUUUUAUCAGGACAAACACUGAGGACGCUUUGGACUUUUACAUACUUUAAUCGUGCUGUUUGCUCAUUUCAACCAUUAUCUAUCUCUCUCUUCAUUUUUGUAUUUUUAUUUUUAUUUUUAUUUUUUUUAAUUUCUAAUGUUUCACGUGUGAUGGCUAACGUGUCAUCGCUUGAUGUGGGAGUUUUGUUUCUUAUCGUGGUGACAGCAUCUUUCACAAACGGUUCCUCAUCCAGCAAAGAUGUGAGCCAGAGGAAGGAGGUGGAAGCAGUUAAACUCAGCAUGCUGCAGCACGGCAGCUUGGACGACCCCGCAGGUGAAGAGAAGCCCUGCUCUGCCUGUGACCCGCGGGAGGCCAGGCGGCGUUCCAAGAGAUGCACGUGUUACACUUACAAGGACAAGGAAUGUGUGUAUUACUGCCACCUGGACAUCAUUUGGAUCAACACACCAGAGCACACUGUACCGUAUGGUAUGUCCAGUUACCAGGGUUCCCUACGUGCAAGGCGAUCUGCUCGGGCUGAGCAGCAGAAGAGGGGGGCGCUGGCUCAGCGCUGUGUGUGCACACAGCACACUGACUCUGACUGCAGCGGCUUCUGCAUGGACAGGUAACUGCACCACAGGAAAGAAACGCA